GUAUACCCCAUCUGCUCGCACCACCGCACCCAUCUUCCCCAAAUCCGACCUCCCCAAAUUAGGGUUCUUUCCAAGCUUUUUCAUUCCCCAGGCGAAUCCCCUCCACCGAUUAAUCUUCCGGACAUGCAACUUGGUGGCGGUGACUACAAUUGAAGCUGGGAUUGCAGCUGGUUGGUGGGAAAGAUGAGAUGAAGAGGGAACAAAGAAUAGGAGAUGGGCUUCCGCCCAAUUCCCAGAUCCGCCGUCGCACACCCGAUCAAAAACCCAGAUUCAAUCGUGUUCUUGGCAAACUCCAUAGCCACUGCCGUCGCUGCCGAUUUUAAUCCCGACAUAUCCAAGACCACCAUCCAAGCCAAGAACACCCGCGAGCAGUCGCUCCUGACCGAGGAAGACGGGCCAACAUCGCAGACAGACUUGACGGCGGCGACACCAAGGCUUCAAAAUACCGUGCCCCCAUGGCCGCCUCCACCAUCGCCUCUGUUAGUCUUGGUCUCCAUAGCGCACAGCUGCCGACGAGUUGGAGUGCGCAUUGUCGCUGGGCGCAGAGAUCUAACAACCAUAGUUACAGGUGGCCGCCGCCGCGCCCACUUCCAGCGCGUCACCAACUUCAGCACCAUUGAAGGAGGCAGAAAACCGAGAUGUCGGGGAGGUGGAGCAGCACUUCAUCGUUGAGGUUAGGGAUGCCAUCCCCAACUAGUUCUCGGGCAAGGUUUCCAUUGCAUCUUCUGGGAAGAUGGCUUUUUGCUUUCCAAGAUCGAAAAGUUGGGAAAGAUGGCAAGGUUUUAAUUGGAUGGCUUUUUGAUUUUCCAUGAUCGAAAAGUUGGGAAGAUCCGAAGAUGGCUUCUUCUUUUUUUGUGACGGGAUGGCCUUUUGAUUUCCAUGUUUACUUCAUUUCAAAUUUGAGGGUUUUUUUUUAUUUCUGUUCAGUUAAUUUUUUUAAUUAAUUAUUAUCCACGUGGACAGUUACAGAGUAAAAGAGCUCGCCACGUAAGCCCUUCCGUUUGCCCAGUCACACUUAACGCUAACAGCGUUAAAGAAUCGGACGGAAGUGGCUAUUAGUGGUAUUUCGCCAAAUGUGGCUAUAAGUGUCACAAAGGUGAAAGUUUUGGCUAUGCAAGUGUAUUUUGCCUUUAUUUAAUAGCAAAGUUUACAAAAGCCAAAAACUACGAGAAAAAUUUCCAGUGCGUUUCUUGCACCAAGCCCAAUGUCUCCCGGUUCAAACUAAACCGUCGGAUAUAUUUACCAAAGCGUGUUCACCCGGACUACUUCUCAUACAUGAUACAUCCGACGGCGAUAGAGUCCGGGGGUGUAUUAGUAAUUUGGUUAGAUUCUCUUCUGCACUCUUUCUCGACUUCUGCUAGUACUUUUCCCUUAGUUCUGUUACUACUUUUCUCUUUCACACUUUCUUACAGCUAGUUACCCUCCGUCUCCGCGUUUCUUCAACUAUGGGUUUUCCUCAGUUUAGAAGCUGGCGUUUCUCCACAAGUCUUUCUCCCUCGUUGAUUUGAUUUUCGACAUCGAACUGGGGGUUUUGGAUCGAAUUCCCCGGGUGAAGUCUUGGAAGUGUUGUCGAAUCUAGGAAUUUUGCUUUAUUUGAUCCUUCGUUGCAGAGAUGCCUAGGGUUUACGAUAAUUGGGAGAGGUUGGUCCGCGCCACCUUGAAGCAGGAGCAGCUGAGGAGUGCUGGGCAAGGGCCCGAGAGAUCCGGCAGUGGCAUUGCUGGCGCCGUUCCGCCUUCUCUCGUACGCACGACGAAUAUUGACGCCAUACUGCAGGCUGCCGAUGAGAUUCAAGCUGAUGACCCAAAUGUUGCCAGGAUUUGUAAGUCUUAAAAAUUUCUUGCUCUCUGUAUGUUUCUGGAUGAAAAUGCAUCUGGACCUCUAGUUAAUGGUAUCGCUAGAACUUUGAUCUUGGCUUAGUGUACUGGCGUCAGAAUGUUGAGUGUUGUAUUUGCAAUUAGCAGGUUAAGGGAGGAAGAGGCUUGUUUACGUUUUGGUAGUGGUCCAAUGGAGUUCAAGAUGUUGUUUGAGCGCUGUUUUAGUAAUGGAGAACAUAUUUAGAAAUGUUAUUCAAAAGAUUUACGAAAUCGUAGUGUUUGAUGCCACCUUGUAUUUAAGUCUCGAAUUUUAAGAUAGUUUUUAAUCUGUCUAGUCGCUACAUUCUUGAAGCAGACUCAUGUCCUUUCUGGAGCAGUGCUUGUCGAUUCAAAAUGUGUAAGAGGCAUGCUACCAGUAGGAAAGGGUGUUAGCGGUAUUAGGAUUAUCUUAAAAAUAAUGAUGGCCAUUAAUGACAUUGGAAUAAUGAUGCCCAAUGGCUGUCCAGCUGCUCUGGUUCUAUGAAUAGUUUCAUGUUGCUCUGGUAAUAUGUGCUCUAGCGUGACUAUUACAAUUCUUGGUUGAGCAUAUGAUGAUUUUGGAACAGUGGAAUCUGAGAAACGAAUAGAUACAUGCAGUGGGUUCACAUGUCCCAAUGUACUAAACAGUUUGUGUGAUCAUACAUUGAUUUCUAUGUGUGUUAAGGAAUUUGACCUUUUGCAUGCUACUUGUCUUUCUUCUACAAUUCUGUCUCAGUUAGAUGAUACUAUCUUGUCUGGAGGUCAUUAGGGAAAUGUGGAGCUCAAGUCUUUCUGCAACAUUUGGUUUCAAUCUGUUUCUGACAAUAGAACUUUAUUUUUGAUUUCAGUGUGCGAACAAGCAUAUAGUAUGGCACAGAACUUGGACCCAAAUAGUGGUGGCCGUGGUGUUCUCCAGUUCAAGACUGGCUUGAUGUCUGUGAUCAAGGUAUGUUUAACCUUAUUGCUAAAGUUUGCGUAUAACUUAGUUUGGUGAAGGCUAUGUUUGUGCUGCUAUUCUAGUGUAGUUCUUAGAUACGAGAAAGUUGCUUAAUCAUGCAGAUCAAAUCAAGUUUUUUGGAGUUUUUAUUAGAAAUAAUUAUUUGCUGCAGCAAAAGCUUGCUAAAAGAGAUGGUGCGCCAAUAGAUCGCAAUCGUGACAUCGAACACCUCUGGGAAUUCUACCAGCGGUACAAGAGACAGCACAGAGUGGAUGACAUCCAAAGAGAGGAACAGAAGUGGCGGGAAUCUGGAACAUUUUCUACGGCUAAUCUGGGAGAGUAUGUGCAAAGUCAUUCCCAUCUUACAUCUAUUUAGAUACAUACUUAUUAUUAUUUUUUUUAUCUUUUGGCUUCUCUGGAUCCGCAAGUAUCUUCUGUUAGCUGUAAAAGAUAACUUUACCUUUUAAGGCAGGGGAACUCGCAAACAACAUACAACACUAUUUCUCUGUUUAAGCGAAACUCGACACACAACUUGCACUUUGCCUUACAGUGCUGGGGAAUAAUAUUUUCAAUUUUUUUUUGAAUCUUGGAAGUACAAAGUAGCUAAAAGGGUAGACUUUUGUGAAUGCUAGCUGAUUAGAUGUGUGAGAACUUAAUCAACUUGGUCUCAAAAAUAUCUACGGAUGAGGAAGGUUUGCAAUAGCACCUCUAGGACCCAUAACUUCACAUUAGGUGGCAGUAGAACUCACAUUUUGAUUAAAGAGUUGACUCUCAUGCAAGGUAGGACCAAUAGUCUGCUUAUUUUUCUUCAUUCGAAGCCCAUACUCGACUGUGAGGUGUAACCUUUUACUUCCAGGUUCUCUUUAUAUUAUGGUUUAUGUAUCAUCGUUAUGUGCGCUUUAGAUUCUCUGUUAUUAGGAUGAAUUAAGAGACGUCUGAUGCAACACACAAUCACUUUAUUAGUGAACAUUUGUCUCUGAUGCUUUCCCUAUAAGGGAAAUAGAAGUUGGCUUGAGGCAUUCGUAAUCUGAAUCUGCUUGCAAUAAUUAUGCUUUAUCUAGGCUCGUGAAACUGGAAGUAACAAUGAUGAUUGUUUCUUUUCUUGUUCGAAUAACAUCACCUGGAUUUGCCUCAUCAACUUAAAGUUUUGCCAUUUAGAUUGGAGCUGCGCUCUCUAGAGAUGAAAAAGAUAUUUUCAACUUUGAGGGCGUUGGUAGAUGUUAUGGAAGCUCUUUGCAAAGAUGCUGAUCCUCGUGGUGUGGGAAAGCCGAUCAUGGAGGAGGUAUUUGUCUGUUAUUUGGCUAUUCUGUUGUGUCUGAGCUGUAAGUUUAUGCAUAAUUUGAACAACCUGUUGCUUGUGAUGUAGCUUCCUUAAUAUUUUUGUUAUAAAAAGGGUGCAAAGCACCCUUUACUCUGUAAGAACUAUUGUCGUGAAGCUACAGGAGUAAAAAGGAAAAUGUGAUGCUGUCUUUGAAAUUUCUUCCCAAAAAUGAAUAUUUAGUCGAGGACAGUAAUUUACUGAUGCAACUUUAUACUAUCUUUCCAGCUUCGAAGAAUUAAAAAGGUUGGGGAACUCACGCCCUACAACAUUGUUCCUCUUGAAUCACCAUCAUUGACCAAUGCUAUCGGAGUAUUUCCUGAAGUAAGUUGAUCCUUGGGAACUUAUGUGAAAACUAGCUGUACUCUGAUGUCUUUUCAUCUCAUGUGAUACGAACUGAUGAUUGCUUUUUUCUCCAUCAUGCUCCACACUUUACCCGUUCUACCUGGAUUUUGCAUUCAAGAUGUGACUGUUAUGCAAUUUACUUAAGCCAGAAAUUUCCCUAUGUAAUCCUUUGUAUUGGGGUUAUAUCCAGGUCAGAGGUGCAAUAUCUGCAAUCAGAUACACUGAACACUUCCCUAGGCUCCCUUCUGAAUAUGAGAUCUCUGGAGAACGCGAUGCUGACAUGUUUGAUCUUCUGGAGUAUGUGUUUGGUUUUCAGGUUUGUACAUUCUUUUUUGAUUAAAAUUCAUGUCAAUUCUGUAUUGUGGUCCAGAUUGAUACUUAAGCAUCUAUAGUUAAAUGCGUCCUCUUGUUUAAGCUUGUUGAUUGGUAUUUUUUUCCGUUCCCCUCCAAGCUCUCAUCUGUGCUUGUUGCUGUUCAUUCAACCUUGUUGAAAACUUAAAUGAAGUGAUGUGCUCCUAAGAUAAAUUUUGUUGUCUUACUGCUAUGUUUAGGCAAUGUUUGUGAGUAUGUUUAGCUGAUAGUGGGUUUAUUUCUCUUAAGAAACUUAUAGUGGGGUUGUCUUUAAUUUGAGUUGCUUCAUUAAAUUUGCUUUGUGGACAACAGCACAUUGGGAGCACUUCACAGUAGAUAUGUGCUGAUGUUUUGUCCUGGCUGGUAUGAACUUUUGGUUCUGUGUAUUUCUUCUGGUCUUGGUUUAUUUCCUGAAACCUUUAUGUUUCAUGUUUGGGGUGCUCAGUACUCCAGGCAGUUCCUUGGUCAGAUGAGCUAUGAUGAUGUGAUUUGGUCCUAAGCAGAGUUAGUUCCUUGAGCUUGCUAGAAUCUGUAGGCGGUCACCAUCAAGGGAAUGUCUAUGCUGACAAUCAAUCAUCCAACAGUGUUUUGAAUUCAUUGAAUGUAUAAAAUUGGGAUAAAGCUUAAUCCGGAUUGAAUUUCUCACUUUAGGGUUUAGACUAUUUGCCAUUGGUGCAAGAAUCUAGCAGUCAUCCAUCAAGCAGACAUUUCUUGGGACUAUACUUAUAGCUACUAAUGUGAUUGCUGCAAUCUCUUUCUGAGGGGGUUUCAUAUAAUGUAUAAUUAUGUAAAGAAUGGGUAGUAAGGGAAAAGGUUUGAACUUGUCAUUUGGCUAAUAUUCUAAAAAACUAGUAUGUCUCUAUUGACAUGUGUGGUUACUGACCAAGCAUUUUUAAUGGUUCUGUGAAUAAAGCUAAGGAGUUCAACCUUGUGAUAUGAUAGAUUCAUUCAUAGCUGACUUCCUUAUUUCUGCAGAAAGGCAAUGUCACAAACCAAAGGGAGAAUGUUGUCCUUCUGAUUGCAAAUGCACAGUCUCGACUUGGCAUACCUGCCCAAGCUGAUCCUGUGAGUGCUUCGGUUAAUCAAUCCUGUUAUAACAAUUUUUUUAUCCAUCUGCGGUUCCUAUCUCGAGUUUCUGUCUUGUGUAAUGUGUCUGGCUGGCUUAGAGCUUCCAUGGACUUCUGUAAUUUAUGAAAUCAUCGAUACAAGUGCCGCUCUGUACAGAAGGACUUCUUCACUGCAACCCAGAUCAAAGACAAAAGAAAAAUGCCUUGUUUUUUUUAUUUGUCUUGUAAUGUUCACCGAACUAGACAAGGUCUCUUAUAGAUUCUUUUGAUAUGUAUAAUUAGUAGGCACAAGGAAUUGUUAGAUUUUUAUUGCAUAUUUGCAGAGUAAUUACGUGUUACCUGCUUCGGGGACGUUCUGUUAUUGAGACCGGAAAACAUGGAUGGAUUAUUUGCAUUCUGCUGGAAUCAAGUAGUUAUGUUUUCAUGCUCUUAUAUACUUGUUUGCAGAAAAUAGAUGAAAAGGCAAUCAACGAGGUUUUCUUGAAGGUGCUGGACAAUUAUAUUAAGUGGUGCAAAUACCUGCGCAUACGUCUUGCUUGGAACAGGUUGCUACUGAACCAUGAGUUUACGUUGUCAAAGAACUCAUUGUCUGCCUUCUAAUUACACUUUUUAUUUGCUUGCUACAGUAAUCAAGCAAUUAAUAGGGAGAGGAAGCUCUUCCUGGUUUCGUUGUACUUUCUCAUAUGGGGUGAAGCUGCAAAUGUUCGUUUUCUACCUGAGUGCAUUUGCUAUAUAUUUCACCAUGUAAGUAUUCUCUUUGUGCACUUUAGUGUGAUUUUCUUACAUUCGGAUGGAAUAAGGUCCAAUUGCAAAUAUGUCCCUUUUUCUUGUUGAAUUACAUUUACUCUCCAUUCCACUUACUAUUGGCUUGAGUCAUGGUUAAGUAUGUGGAUCUUGCUGCUUUCCUCGGCAGCUGUUUGGGUGAUGUUCUGAUGAUGUCCAUCUCCAUUUUCUACAUUAUUUAUGGACUAGUUUGCUUACAUCAUACCCAUGGCAAACUAAUAUACAAUGAAUUUAUUGGCUACAAUUCAUCCUCAUGGCAACACAGUAGUGACGCUGUAGUUGGAUGGACCAUAAAUACUGGUCAGGUAUCUUUACUUGGAAGGUGGUUGCCAAACUGUGGAACUUAGCUGGAACCACAUUGCUGCAUCUCUUUCUUUUCUCUGGUCUUUGAAGGCGCAUAGGCUACCUGAAACAAAAUUCCUUUUUGCUUGUUGAAUCUGAGAAUAGCAUACAGUGAUCUUUGGCCUGUAAAUACUCAACCCUAAGGAAUGGAAGAGGGAGCUAGGAUUUAUUGUUCUCUACAACAGUAGUGGGAAGAAGAAAAAUACUUUGAACCCUAAAAACCGCAAAGGAGAAGAAACUUUAAUGAGUAGGAGUUAAAGAAGUAGUUGUCAAAUCUGCAAUAGCAUCCUUGGCAAGUGUUUCACAUUUCUUAUCGUGAGAACAUGGAAGUGAUAUCUUCGUUUGCCCCUCUUUUAUUUUUCAGAUGGCAAAAGAGCUUGAUGCUGUUCUUGAUCAUGGAGAAGCUGAUCAUGCCCCUAGCUGCAAAAAUGAAAGUGGUUGUGUGUCCUUCAUUGAGCAAGUGAUUCUCCCGAUAUAUGAAACGAUGGCAGAGGUAAGUACAAUAUGAUUUUGAUAGUGGGUUCACUGACAUUUGGUCUAUUUAAUGUUGAAACUUGAAUCAUACGUCAUUACGUGCUCCACAGAGCAGCCAAUUGUGCUUAAUUUUGGUGCUCUUGAUUUGAUUCCUUUUCCUCUACCAUUUUUACAUUGCCGAAUUCGUUCCGAAGAUAGUAUAACUGUAUAAGGAUGUCUCACUGGUCCUUCUCUUUACCUUAUUAGUGUCUUUCAGCUAUCUUUGAUCUAGUGGAACUCUGAGCCUGAAUGUAGUCAGUCUGGCGAUUUGGUGUGUAUUUUGUCAUCUUCUUAUUCAACUGAUUUCAUAGUCUUCUGUUUGCUUUAAUUAGGUAGUACAAAUGACACAUAAAAGUUUGAAGAAUAAGUACAGCCAUCUAAAUUGCUCUGCUUGUCGUUCUUGUAUGGUUUAUAUGUGAAAAAAUUAUUUUGUAAUCAUUGAAUGCAUUUUUUGUAAGAGACAUGAUUACCUAUGAGAAAAUGGUUUCCUUUGAGUUCUGUUUUCAGCUUUAUCAAUUUUGCUUGAUUAAGCUGAGUGGGGAAUGAAUUUUCCUAGUGGGUAUUUGGAAAGAACCAUGGCUAGAGCAACUGAAAGGCUUUUCAAAGUCUAGCUGGAGAAAUAAUAUGGUUUUAUUGGGUUAGUUUGGGGCUCAUGCAGCUGUGUUAUUUUUGUUAAAGCAAUAGUUUUGGGUAUGAGAGUUGUGUUGGUGAAUUACUAAAUUGCUGAGGUCGUGAUUGGUUUGGCUUGGGUGAAGUUGCUUACAGGUUAUAACUGCUCGUUGUGUCCUAUCCUCAAUGGAUCUUAAGUUAGGGGGUUUGAUAGUGUGAUUAGUCAUCUUUUUUUGCUCAGUGAAUAUUUGUAGCUAUAUUCAUCCAGCAUGCUUACUUGAAUGCUUACGUUUAAUUAUGGAUAUUAUCUACUUCAUGGAUCAGUAUUUAAACCCCCCAUUAAAAAUGUCUUAAUGUUGUUACCCCGUUGAUGGAUUGCAUAUAUGUUUAGAGGAGGCGCUGCGGUGGUGAAAUAACAGUGUCAAAGUACCAAGUUUCAUUUUGAUGAAUGACAGGAGCAGGGCUAUCCUUCUUGCGCUCCUUAAAAGGACGGGUUUAUUUGUUGUCUGAGGAUUUCCUUGGUUGAUGCAAUUUUGUUGUUUUAUUGGUUGCAGUUGAAUUUAGAGUGGUUGCAGUUCCCACUUAGCUGUGUACUUUAGGCUACUCUUUUAGUGAAUUUGUGUAACCAUUCUGCUUAUGGAUUGUAUGGUAAACUUUGGCAGGAAGUGGGAAGAAAUAAUAAUGGAAAAGCUGCACACUCUGCGUGGAGAAACUAUGAUGACUUCAACGAAUACUUUUGGUAUACUUUCUGACACCCAACUAAACAGUUUUUAAAGCCUUGUCUAGUGGUUAUGUUCUGAUAUGGAAUGCCAAUAUAGGUCACCUGCUUGCUUUGAGUUGCGGUGGCCUAUGAGGAAAGAUUCUUCGUUUUUAACGAAGCCUAAAAAGUGGAAAAGGGUAAGUUUUGCUUCGACUCGUGUUCAUUCACAAUUUGUUUAAAGUCUGUCGUCGAAGCACAAACCUUGUUACUACUUGCAACUUCUUGCAUGGAGGCUGUCUCGAAAUUCUGUUAAGUUUAAUUUGGAGAGUACUUUCUACUUGCUUGCAAUUGCUGUGGCAAGCAUAGAGGUAAGGGAAUGAGUAGCGUAUUUUACCGUCAAAGUUUGACAUGUAAAUACAAGAAGUUUCAAAUUAGGUUUCCUUUUUGCAAUGCUGCUACUGUGAUAAUAGUUCAGUUUUCCAAGUUGUGGAUUGCACUGUCAGCCUAAAAUUUGGUAGAAUUGUUUCUCUUCUCCACACCUGCUUUUCCAGUCGUAUAUUUUCUCGUCUAAUUUCUUGGUCUUAUAUUACUGUAUUGUAGAUUAUAGUCAUAUGUUUGUGUUGGUUUGUAAUGAACAUAGUCUUAGUAGUACUUCCAGAUACUCCUUAGGGCAUGAAAGGAAGCGUAACUGAUGGUCAAGCCUUCUUAUAUAUUUUGUUUUGUCAUGUCCCAUGAGGCUCAUUAAUCGGAUGGAGUUUCUGUUACGUGUCUCUAUUUCUUGUGCAACCUAUGUACCUGUUUUAUUCUUGUCAUAAACUGGCAGACUGGCAAAAGCACUUUCGUUGAGCAUCGUACAUUUCUUCACUUGUACCGAAGCUUCCAUCGGCUCUGGAUUUUUUUGGCUCUGAUGUUCCAGGUCAGCUUUGUGCUUGUUAGUCUCAGCAUUCUUCUCUUUGUUGAGGAAUCUAAUCUUGCAAAAUUCCUUGUUCAUUUCAUCAAGUGCAGGCAUUGACGAUUAUAGCCUUCAAUCAUGGGAAAAUCAAUUUGGAAACAUUUAAAGUGAUCCUGAGUGUGGGUCCUUCAUUUGCCAUCAUGAACUUUAUAAAGAGUAGGUUCAUAUUUGCCCAUCAAAUUUUUCAGAAGAAUAUUUUUGUGUCACAUCUUCUCUUUUGCUUAUUGUUUUUCUGCUCCAUUCGCAGGCUGUCUGGAUGUCCUUCUCAUGUUUGGUGCUUAUACAACAGCAAGGGGCAUGGCAAUUUCCAGGCUAGUCAUUAGGUUUUUCUGGGGUGCUGUGACCUCUGUGGCUAUAACCUAUCUUUACGUGUGAGUGUCCUUGUGAAGUUUAUCUACUUUCAUGGGUGAUGAUCACAGGGUUUAUUGCUACAGUGUUUUGGAAUUUUCAUCAACUUUCUUAUAGGCCAUCCGUCUUAAGAUGACAUACCUGUUAUUGUUGGUUUGGUGUUCAGUCUUAUCUUUUUCCUUGCCAUGAAUUUUACUAUUAGCUUCUGACUUCAUUCAAUUAUGACAGGAAGGUUCUUGAUGAGAGGAAUAGCCGGGGAUCAUCAAAUUCUUUCUAUUUCCGGAUAUAUAUACUGGUCUUGGGCGGUUAUACGGCUCUGCGCUUGGUGUUUGCAUUGCUACUUAAAUUUCCAGCCUGCCAUACUCUCUCAGACAUAUCUGAUCAAUCAUUCUUCCAAUUUUUUAAGUGGAUUUAUCAGGUGCGCAUUGUGUAUUUAGCUUCCACAAGAUGUUCGCUUUGAUUUCUAUUAUGUGCAGAUUUGUUUACUGGUGAAAUGUUUAUCUUAUGGUGAAGUAAAACUUUUUGAUUCAGGAAAGAUACUAUGUUGGACGUGGGCUUUAUGAGAGGAUGGGUGAUUAUUGUAGGUAAGUUACUUGUACAUGUUUUCAGUGCAUUUCUGUUGCAAUAAAGUUCACAAGUUUCACGCAUUUCGGUAAUUCCGGGGAACGUUUGGAUCUAGUUUAGCGGUUGGACAUAUACUGCCGUGUUCAAGAAAGUUUGAAGUAUCUGGCCGGUGUUAACAUUAACGUUCUGUCUUAGGGUUGGUUUGAUUAAGUAUUAUUUCAUGCAAUGCUAUUUGCAAUAGCAUCUAGUUGAAGAAUCAUACUGUUUUGCUUGAGCACAUAUGAUGUAAUUGAGUCUAGCUGAUAUAAACUAGAUAAUCUUACAUUCACCAGAGUAGUGAAUUUGAAGAAUCAUACUGUUUUGCUUGAGUACAUAUGAUGUAAUUGAGUCUAGCCGAUAUAAACUAGAUAAUCUUACAUGCACCAGAGUAGUGAAUUUAAAAUACGUGGAGGAAGGAGGUAUUUGUCAAAUGCAUUGGAGAUAUUGGUCCCAUGUCUUUUUUAGAUUUUCUGCAACAGUACUCCAUAUAAACACAUUACGAUUCUACAAAUGCAUCGAACUUAAAGAGCAUGUGAAGUAAAUACAAAAUACCAUGGAAUUUUGGCAAAGAACACAUGCAUAAACACAACUUACCUUUCAUAAAAGAAAGUAAACCAAACCAAAUACUUUUCUGAACAUGAAUAUGAUGAAUAACUUUCAUAAGCGGUUGGAUAGAAGUUGAACUAGUGACUGCCCCAAACCCCGUUAUUCACCAUCAAACAUUUUAAUCUAAUUUUUGGGGCUAUUAAUGCUUGAAACCAUAUUCUAAACUUUAUUGGCAAAUGCUCUAGUAUAUGGGUCCAUCAUCUUAAUGUUUUGAAGAUGUCUUUCUGAUUAUAAAUUUGAGUUUUCUUCUGUACUGCAAAUAUUCUUUUCAGGUAUGUCAUGUUUUGGCUGGUGAUAUUUGCCUGCAAAUUCACGUUUACAUACUUUCUCCAGGCAAGUUGUCAUUCUUAACCAUACACACCACUCUUAACUGAAAUCAAUUUCAGUCGCGAAGCACAUGUUCUUACAACCUCCAUUUUAACAUCUUAAAAUUGAACCUCAUCAGAUUAGACCUCUUGUGAGCCCAACCAACAUCAUCAGGAAUUUUCCAAGUUCAAGUUUGCAAUACUCAUGGCAUGAUUUUGUAUCAAAGAGUAUGUAUUUCUUCUUCAGUUCCAGAAUCAUGUUGGUUUAUUAUCUGCUGUUGUAGUUUAGUAAAUUAUUAUUUGAUGCACCCAUGGAAAGGAGCCAUAUCUUGUGUUGAGCAUUUUUUUGUUAGUUUGUUCAAAUUGAGUUGAGCUUAAUCUGUAUUAUUUUAAUUCAGUAUUAAAUAUUUUAACUAUUGGCCUUUUUCAGCAACUAUUGACCUUUAUUCUGGGUGCUUUUCUAUUUUUCUGCCUCCGCAUUGGGUGGCACACUAAAUGAUUAGCAUUUCUACUUGUGGCUGGGAAAAUAGACAAAUAAGUUGUUGAUACUUGAUAGCAGUACCUGUUACCUACUGUGAAGUUGCUUCUAUGACAGCUUUAAACUUGUUGGUUGUUAAUAAUUCACAUCCUAACAGUCACUACUAUUUUGCAGACAAUAAUAAUGUGCUGACCAUAGUUAGCCUGUGGGCUCCUGUUGUGGCUGUGAGUACUUUCCUUUCCAUACUGUUUACUGAAUGUGAGAUAAUGUGUAUGCCCCUUAAGAGUUUCUUGCAUAUGAUUCUGGAAUUUAAGGUAAUUAAAGGGUGAGCUGGAUCAACUGUCAGAAGAUACUGAGCUUUUCCUUAAAUCCUACUUUCUUUUUGCCGAAGACCUGAAGUGUUACUUUUCAGUUCUAUUUGUCAAAAUACACUCUUAUUAAGUGUUAACUGCUUAUAAUCAUGAUCCAGAUACUGGGAGAGUUACCAUAAUAAUUAUGUUUCUUAUUAGUUGAUUGUGUUGUGCAAAGCAAAGCAGACAGUACGGCUGUUACAUCUUAGUCUUUUGGUUCACAGGGUUUUCUAUUUGUUUUUGUGCUCAGUUACUCUGUUUCCUUAUUUUCUCUUGCUUUCCUCCAGAUAUAUCUGAUGGACAUCCACAUUUGGUACACCCUUUUGUCAGCUGUUAUUGGUGGAAUUAUGGGAGCAAGAGCUCGGUUGGGUGAGGUAUCAUUACAAUGCAAAUUGUGAAUUCAAUUUUAAUUUCAUUGGUCUAGUAUGUCUAUUCUUCUGUAGGAGUUUUUUUCAGAGUGAUUGUUGCACAUUCAUUUUUUCAUGAUGUUCUAUUAUUACAAUGCCUUGCUGCUAAUACAUGACAGAUACGUACACUUGAGAUGGUUCACAAACGCUUUGAGAGCUUCCCAGCUGCCUUCGUGAAGAAUCUGGUUUCUUCACAUGCAAAGAGGUAUCAGUUUUCCUUCUCUUGUCAGCUUUUGCGAUGUUAUUUUAUGGAAUUUAAUAUUUAAUAGAAAUGUAGAGCUUCUUGGACAUUAUACAGAUGAUAGUGUUUUGUUGAACUGUUGAUGUUUCUCAAUCCCAACCUUUCCACUAUUUUUAUGCAUUUUUUACUGUCGACUUUCCAAACAGUUUCAGUUCGUUAUAUUGGCAAUUAGGCACUUUGAUAUCUUUUUUGACAAUCUAUAUUGUCACUAAAAUUGCUACCAUUUUGGGGUCUGAUUUUAUUUCUGUAGGCAAUUCUCUUUUUACAGCCACACAAAGAAAAGAUUUUGUUGCGAAUGAACAAGAUAUUGAGGAAUUGUCCAUAUGUAAAAUCAUAGGAAAAAUGGCUAAAAUGUUGUAUUAUUUUUUAUUGGAAGCUACAGCUCUUCAGGGUUAUCAAUUGGAAUCCCUCAAGUCUUCUUUCUUACAUUACCUAGAGAAUUGAAGAUGUUCUGACCUUGUGUUUAGCGUAACUUCCUGGUUCUACCCUUAUCCGUGUUAAUGUGUUAUUCAUGUUUAUUAUUUUGUUAUCUUCUUCCAUCUUAUGGUUAUUCCAGGGUAAAGAUGUCUUUUAUGAUGCUUAUUGAUGUUUCUUAUCUUUAUGCCGUCUUAGAAUAUAUCGUAUGUUAUGAUGAGAGUUUCUUUCAGGCUACAACAAGGUGUCAUGAUUUCUCACACCCUUCAGUGUUAUAAUUAUGCUCUUCCGUGUAUUGAUUAGUUUUUAUUGACACAUUCCAGGAUGCCAUUAAAUGCACAAGCAUCUCAGGUAACUCUCGUCUAUACAUCUAGUCUUCUUAUUCCCCCGCUUUAUUUUUAUUAUAUUUUAUUUUUUCUCCUUAAUUCCUCACAAGUUUGUUUUCCAAUUUUAUCUUUGAAGAAUAACUACUUUAUUUAUUAAUAUCUCAUCCCUUUCCCCCCCCUUUUCUAGUCCAAAACAUUUUUUUUCGUAUUUUGCUUUUGUGAUGAAAUUUUGUUUAAAGUGAACCAAAUGAAUGUUGUUCAAAUAUACUAUUUUGAAACAAACAUAAAAGUUUGUUUGGUUUAUUUCAUUAUUAAAGAACAAUAUUCCGU